GGAUCCGGAAGAAGGGGCAGGCGGCCCUGGACUCUUUGGUGUGCCAGGGAACAGCGGCGGCGUGCUCUUGGUUCCUGCUGGCGCUCCUGGCGGUGGUCCUCCGGAUCAGGAUAUUAGCGGUAACACAACUUCUACCGAUAGCUGGCUAGCGUCCAACUGGUACAUUUUUCUGCUCUGGCCGAGUUACAUCUUGAUCACCAUAUUGUCCCUCCC